AUGGCCCGCUCGUGCUUCGGUCGCCUGCUGGCCCUGGCUGUCCUCAGUGUCUUCAUUGGCAGCUACUCCUUUGUGGGCGGGUUCCAGGGCAGAAGCGUCGGCGCUACAAGGCUUAACGCCGAGGCUGCCCCAAAGAAGAAGGCAAAGGCGCCUUGGGUUGGCCCCAAGAAGGGCUCUUGGGUCAAGAUCCUGCGGCCGGAGUCCUACUGGUACCAGACCCGAGGCCAGGUGGUCAAUGUGAACCAGAAGGCUGAGAUCAAGUACCCGGUGACGGUGAAGUUCGACCGAGUGAACUUCUCCAACGUCAACACCAACGGCUUUGCGCUGUGGGAGGUCAUCGAGGCCCCGGCCCCUGGCCCCGGUGAGGCGCCUUGGGUUGGCCCCAAGAAGGGCUCUUGGGUCAAGAUCCUGCGGCCGGAGUCCUACUGGUACCAGACCCGAGGCCAGGUGGUCAAUGUGAACCAGAAGGCUGAGAUCAAGUACCCGGUGACGGUGAAGUUCGACCGAGUGAACUUCUCCAACGUCAACACCAACGGCUUUGCGCUGUGGGAGGUCAUCGAGGCCCCGGCCCCUGGCCCUGGUGAGGUCUGA